UGACGGUCUUGCACUUCACACUGGAAAUUGCAAGGAAAAUGACUACCGGACGGUGUUUAACCGUAUGAUUUGCGUGUUUUAAACAAUCCCCGAGAUGUUUAAACUCGAUUUUCCACCCAUCCACACACACGAAUGGCGCGAGGACGACGAGCGAGCUCGGCGUCGCAAGCGUGCGUGGUGUGCUGCCUGAACAUUGACAACAAGACGAGGUUCCAGACCGUCGGCUCAUGUAACCACUUGGGCUGCUGCAGCAUCUGUGCCCUGCGCAUGCGACAGCUUCUCAAGUCGAAGCACUGCGUCAUGUGCAAAACGGAAAUGGACCGCGUGAUCUGCAUUACCGACGACGCGAUGACGUUUGAGAGCUUCCAGGACUGGGGGGACAACAUUGGCCCAAGCCACACGUUUGACGAAGCUUCGGGCAUGUACUUCCUCAAGGAAAACUACAGCGCCGUGCAGGGUCUGCGCAGCCUCACGUGUUCCGCCCGCGCGUGCCCCGACAAGCACAGCUUUCCCAACAUCAAGGCCCUCAAGCAGCACUUGAACACGAAGCACGCGUUGUCGUAUUGCGACAUCUGCUUGGACCACAAGCACGUGUUUCUCGAAGAGCAGGAGCUGUACACGGCCAGCGCGUUGAAGAAGCACAAGACACAAGGGAACCCCGAGCACGGGUUCAAUGGCCACCCCAAGUGUAAUUUUUGCGCGAGCAGCUACUACGGCAACAACGAGCUCCACGAACACCUUCGGAAGAACCACUUUGAGUGCGAGAUCUGCCUGCACGCGUACGGGAUUGAGAACCGGUACUACAAGGACUACAACGACAUGGAGAAGCACUUCCGGUCCGAGCACUUUCUCUGCGAAGUACCGUCAUGCCUUGAGGCCAAGUUCGUCGUGUUCAAGAACCACAUCGAGUUCCAAGCGCACAUGACCAACAAGCAUCCGCACAUCCCCGUGAGCAAGCGCAUCGACGUCAACUUCUCCGUGCGCCGCGCCGACCGCGAAGGCCGCGACGAGUACAAACCCCGCGACGACUACACGCCGCUGUCGGUCGCGUCCGAUGCGGCCAGCAUUACCGUGGCCGACUUUCCCGCGCUGGUUGGCAACGCGGAUACGCUCAACUUCACGCCAUGGCAGAGCCAAAGCAUCCGCAUACCGCGCCAGGAAGACUUUCCGCAACUGGCGUCCUCAACCUCGGCGGCAUCGUCAUCUUCGCUGUACCGCAACGCCAUUGCGCCGCAGCCGACGCUUGCCAUGCGUGCCCACAUGCAUGGAAGCGACCCAUGGGAGUACCCCGAGAUGCAGCAGGCUGCCGAAGUGUUGGGCGCCAACAAUCCGUUUCUACGGUUGGUGAAACCGACCAAGAAGAAGAAGAACAAGGCGGCGGCCACUCCAUCGCCGUCCCCGCCGCCCACACCCGCCGCGGCUGCUGCACCCCCCGUGGACGAAGACGAAGAGAAGCCCGCGGUCAGAGCCUAUAUUUCGACAGACGAGUCGCCGCAGGAAUCGGUGAUUGAAAGCAUCCAAGCGGCGCUGGGCAGCGAAGCCAAGUACGUCCAAUUCAGAGAAGUGUGCAAAAAGUUCCGCCAAAAGGAGAUCCCGGCCGUGUCGUUUUACAGCUUGGCGCGGGCUAUGUUUCGACCUCAGGACUUGCACGAGUUAUUUCCGAAACUCAUGAGUUUGCUCCCCGACGAAAGCCAAGUCACUGAGGUGCUGGUGCUGCACAACAAUUCGAAACCGGUGGGGUACCACGACACGAAGCUGCGGAAGCGGCCGUCCAAGGUCACCGCAGAGACGGCGACUUCCCCGCCGGCUGCCGCCGCCGCCACGUCUUCGGCUCCUAAACCUUCAUAUGCCAAUCCUGCGGCUUCAACCAACGCUCAAAGCGCCCCCCAACCAGCCGCACGGGCGAAAUCCGCCGCCGAAGACUGGCCUGCUCCAGAACUUGCUCCGAAACCAGCUCAAAGUACUAAGCCGAAAAAAGCCAGACAAGUGCCCAUUCCAGCAGCGGUGGGCUGGGGAAACGCUUUGAAGGAAGUAGGGGCCGUGCCCAAGUACUCGAAGAAUGGCCACCAGAUGAACGUCGUGCUCAACAACACAGAUCGGGACGCAUUCAACGCCCGGGCGCGCAACAAGAAAACGAAGGCGACCCCUGACAACGUCGUGGGCUGGAGCUCCGCCGCCAGCUGGAGCGAGCCCGUGUCCGCCCCCAUCGUGUCUGGUGGCUACACGCCGGAGUCGUCCAAGAUUCAGAUCGUGUCGGCCGAGUCAGUUCAAGGCAGCCUCCACGACCUGCAGUUGCAAACCCAGGGGAAAGUACCCAGUCGGACUCGAAGCGACUUCCCCGAACUGCCCAAAGCAGCACCCGCCAUCGGCAUCCAGCACGUUCAGCUAUUGGGCAAAAAGCCCGGAAUGUCGGUUGCAGCGUGGGGGGAAGACGAUCCCAAUCACCAGACACAACAGUCCACCCCGCAGCAAGCGUCCAAGAAGAAGAAGAAGAACAAAAAGGGCAAAUUGACGUUGGCCGAAUUCGCCAUGUUGUCGGGUUAAAGCAAAUGCAAUUCGAGUGGUCAAUCAGUCGGCGUGGGCUAGGGGUUGUCGCCACAUGGACGUGGCUUUCGGGCGAUGAAUUGAUGGUUUGGCCAUGGGAACAUUGGGCCUAGAGCCAGCAUCACACAAAUAGAUAGUAUAGUAUGUGAUCAUAGAGGUUAUACCGAUCAAAUGCAUAGAUGAGCCCCAUCAGUACCCCCAUGAGGCAAACAAAUUUGAGCAACGCGACGGCCACGAUUGAAAACUAGCCGCACUUGUGAAUACUGUACUACUAG